CUCACCAUGCCCAUCCUCAAAGGCCUCAAAGGCCUUGCCACCUUCACCGGCGCCAGCGCCGCCCUUUUUGCAGGUACUUGGAAACUCUACACCCACAACACGACCUUCGUCCCCUUCGACAGCACGACCGCCUCCUUCCUCACGCUCUCCAACCCCUUGCGUUCCCGCAACCCGAACAAUAACCCACCCGCGCUCCAGGACCACUGUCUGCGAAAGGUCCCGCUUUCGAAGCUGCAGACUACGGAUCAGGAGGAGUUGACGAGGAGGUUCUGUGCGGGCGUGUGGAGCGGGUGGGGGUUUGAGUAUCAGAGGAAGAAGUUGGAGAAGGAGGGAAGGGCGUUGGAGGGGAGGGCAGAGCAUCUUUGGGACAGGGAGGUUCUUGGGAAGAGUGGAUAUGAGGUCGGGACGAGGAUUGCGGAUCAUUUCGAGGUGGUGGAGAGGACGCCUGGAAGGGUCGUUGUUCGGUGUGGCGAUACGCCCGCGAAGCAGGGUCUUCGUCCGAGCGACGGUCUAUUCUCCAUGGAGGUGGACGUCGAUAAGGACGAGGGGUAUGCGACGUUCCAUAUGAAGAGUUUCUUCUUCAACUCUACGCCUGGAGGAAAGACUGCCGGGAUUCUGCCUUGGUACUUCCCGUUCUUGCAUCGCGAGUAUGCGAAACUUUGGAUGGAGACGAGUGUAAGGAAGCUGUUGAAGUGAUUUUAGAGAGGGAUGAUGUGGGGGGUUUGUAUUUGUGAUCUCAGUGCUCGACCGGAAGAGUGGCGCUUUGUACGUGCUGAAUAUAUUCGUCGAUACCCCUCUAGUGGACUUCGAGCUACUAUAGGUGAAAUCGUCCGUGUAAGUAAUACAAGUGCUUGAGGCACUAAAUCUCGUUUCAACCUGUCUCAGCCUCGGAAAGUCGGCCUUGGGUCUCUUAUCCUGGCUAUGCACUUUGAUUUUUGACCCAAGCUUCCGGGGCCUAUCUGGAUGCUAUCGAACUCUCUCCAUAAAAAGGUAAGUAACAAAGACAAAAGGCCGGCAAUAUGCG